AUGUCUAUUUCAUAUCGUCAUUUCAUCAGACUUAUUCCUCAAUUUAGGUCUAUUACAUUAUUAUCUCGUCAGUUAUCUAUAAAAACUUCUGUUGAUCCAGGAGAAAUCAAUCGAUUUCGUCAAUUAUCAUCAUCAUGGUGGAAUGAAACAGGAGCAUAUGCUGCAUUACAUUCACUUAAUCAACUUCGAAUACCAUUUAUUCGUGAACAACUUUUUCAAUCAUCAUCAGAUAUAAAAGAUAUUCUAAAACCUUUAAAAAAUUUUCAAUUACUUGAUAUUGGUUGUGGUGGUGGUAUUCUAACUGAACCUUUAGCACGUCUUGGUGCUUCAGUAUUAGGUAUUGAUGCUGUUUCAGAAAAUAUUUCUACAGCUGAAUAUCAUGCUGAUCUUUCUUUAAAAGAAAAUCUUAAAUAUAAACAUGUGACACUUGAAGAAUUAUGUGAGGAUAUUGAACAAAUAGAAAAAUAUGAUGCUAUUAUUGCUUCAGAAGUUAUUGAACAUAUCAAUGAUGUAGAUAGUUUUAUUGGAAAUAUAUCAAAACUACUCAAAUCAAAAGGUCUUUGUUUUAUUACAACAUUAAAUCAAACAGUAGCUUCUUAUUGUCUUGGUAUUAUUGCUGCUGAAUAUAUUCUUCAAAUAGUUCCACCUGGAACACAUACAUGGAAUAAAUUUAUUCGUCCAUCAGAUUUAAUAACUAUAUUUGAAAAAAAUGGUUUUACUGUUGUUCUAAACACUGGAAUGUUUUAUAAUCCAAUUACAAAUCGAUGGUCAUGGUCAGAAAAUCAAGCAAUUAAUUAUGCAUUAUGUGCAGCAAAAAAUUAA